AUGGAGUUUUCGUACCGCGAAACUCGGAUCUUUCUGAAGGUGAUCAAGGAUAAUCGUUAUGUUUGGUUCCCCGGUCAUCGUUAUCACUACCAAUCUCUCUGGGUGUUCACUUGGUUGAGAAUUCUCGUGUCUCUGAGUCGUCGUAUCCACAGGAAUUGGAGUUGUUCGUUUUUCUUUCUAAUUAAAAAACCUUCCUCAAUUUAUUUAAAUGAAACUCAAUCGUUGAAAGCUCGGAAGUCGGAAAAAAAUUUCGUGCAUCCCGAUUCAAAAACGCCGAGGUUUUAAUCGAAAAUUGAAAAAAAAAAUAUUUUUUUAACAAGAAAAAAAAAAACAAUUCUUAGUAACUGCCAGGAAAAUCUUAGUUUGAGAAGAAGGAUUCGAUUUUUUUCUCAAAAAUCUUAAACUCAAUCUAAAAAAAUCUUGAAACUUUCCGUAAAAUCAGGAAGUUCGACAUUCUAGUCAAAAAAACUUUAUUACAUUAUUCCAGAAUUUUAACGGCAGAUAAAUAUGAAAAUAUGAAAAAAUUCGUGCCAGGAAGCCCUAAGAUUUUCAAAUUUGAAAAAAAACUUUUCGACAUCUGUUCAAAAAGACAUCGAUGCUUGAAAAUUGGGCAAAUAUCCAGAAAUUUUCCUACUUCUGAUUGAAAAUGAAAAGCGGUCGAUUUCAAAGUGUUUGAAAGAAGAAUUUCAGUCUCCAACUUGGAAUGUCGACGCCUCAAGCAAGAAUGGUUCGCUUUGCGCGGAGAAUACGUUCGAUGGCGUCAGGAUCCCAAACGUCAUGAAAUGUCGCACCCAUACAGAGAUUCUCUAGAUUUCUAUGAAGAGGCAAUGAUGUUGUCAGCUUUCCUUCACUUUGCAUUUUUUCCAAGGGCUUUUUCAGCUUGCAACGUACUCACCAGGCCAAUUUCUCCAUUAUUAUUGUUGCUGGUGAGUUUUGCCAAGAUUUCCUGGUUCCAAUUCAAAUGAACUUUCUAGAACGAUUCGAAGACGACAACAAUGAGAAUCUUCAGGGUUUGAAGGUUUAUACUGACUACGUCCGCGGCACUUAUAGCCAAUUGUAACUUUUUCUCUUCUAUAACUAUCGAACUUCAUUUUUUCAGUACCAUCGCGCCUAGAAGGCCGCUGAAAACGGUGCAACUCAGGAAGCGACCGAUUUCUACUUAA